AUGGCCCGUUUCUCCCAACCCAGCACUUAUUCACAAUCUUUGCAGAGUCACAACAUCUCCGCGCGGCAAAUACGGGAUGAUGCAGAGCUGCGACGCCAGCAAGCUGCCGCGCAGGCCCGUGAAAACGGAGCGCAGUUGACUGAAGAGGUCGAAGUUACCGUUGCGGAGUCAAGUGCCACUGGCAGACGACAGACUGGUCGCAAUGGGGCGGGAACCCCAAAGUCAAAACGCAAACAGGACGAGGAGAAGGCAAUCGAAAAGAUCAAGGCUAGCAAAGCCUUCAAGAAGCGUAAGAAGCAUGCUGAUGACGACGAUGACGAUGACGAAAUUGCUCGAGCUAUCUUCGAGUCGCGCCUUGCACCCCUUCCAGGCCAGAUGGAAAAUUGUGCCAUAUGUGAGAAGCGGUUCACAGUUACACCCUAUUCCGUAGCAGGGCCAGAUGGCGGCCUCCUCUGUGCGCCAUGUGGACGGGAGAUCGCAAAGGAACGUCAGGGCACCAAGCCGAAGAAAAAGCCGAGAAAGCAGGCGGGCGGGAUCGGUUCUCGGCGAAGCAUUCAGAGUCGCAUUCUCGACGGUGACGUUGGCACAAAGAGUCUUGCUACCCUAUGUGUGCAGACCCUGGCCAAAAACGUCGACAUGGCUGACAGCUUGGGAGACCUGCCCGAGCACCUGAUUGAUAAGAUUGCUCGUAUUUUUUCCAAGAGACGAUUAUUACGUUCCGAAACGCUUCCUCUGUUUGCACAGCCCACUACAGAGACAAUACAUAUCUACGACGGAGCGAAGCUCGGGAGUCAAGACUUUAUCAGCAUCUUCCAGGUCUGCCCCAAUCUGCGCCGAUUCAAAGCGCGGUCGGCCAUCCAGUUCAAAGAUGAAGUCAUGGACUAUCUCUUGUCUCGUGAGAUCGCACUGGAGAGCUUCUAUCUUCACGGUGCCAACCUUCUCAGCGAACAGAAGUGGCACGGAUUUUUUAGCAGCAAAGGCCAAGCCCUCAAAGGAGUCCAAGUUUACUGCACAGACAAACAUUUCGGUGACGACACCGUCGCCAUUAUGGCAACACAUUGUCCGAAUCUGCGACGCCUAAAGAUAGAGAACAACCAAAAGGUCACCGACAAAGGCGUUGAGGCCAUAGGAAGUCUCUCUUCACUUGAACAUAUCGGCUUGCAACUUCAAAACAGGCCCUCAUCCGCAGCCAUCAAUGCCGCGGUGUCCAAAAUCGGACACAACCUCAAGACGCUCUCCCUUAAAAUCGUCCCCCAAGCUGACGACACUGUUCUCCAAUGCAUUCACGAGAACUGCCACUCUCUGGCCAAGCUUCGUAUCACCGACAGUGAGAAGAUGACGGAUAAAGGGUUCGCGGCCCUCUUCACAGGUUGGAACAACCCGCCUCUCCAGGUCGUCGAUCUCCAAAAAUGCCGAUACAUCGAUGCAAGUCGCCCGCGUGCAAACGAUGAUGGUGUCGGUCUUUGCAGUGAAGGUUUCAAAGCCCUCAUGGCACACUCUGGUCAAAGCCUAGAAGAGCUGAACGUUCAUGCCUGCAGGCACAUUACAAGACAAGCCUUGGAAGAGGUUUUCUCCGAGACUUCAACUUAUCCAGAGUUGAAGAAGCUUGAGAUCAGCUUCUGCGAGGAAGUCACUGAUUUUGUACUGGGGUGUAUCUUCAGGGCUUGCCCUAAGAUCAAGGAGGUAAAUGUCUUUGGGUGUAUGAAGGUCAAGCAGGCCAGAGUCCCUCGCGGGGUCAUUCUCGUGGGUGUACCAAACGCUCAGGGAAUGAUGACGGAGGGUAUGGAUUGA